CCAGACUUAAUGCUAGAUUCGUAUCUUUUUGUUAUUUCGAUUCUGAAGAGUAGCCGGCGUAAUUAAAAAAUCAAAAACAAUGUAGUUAAUGUAAGAAACACUGUUAAAAAAUGAAGCAGUAAAAUUUAUAUUUGUGGCUAGACAUUAAAUCGAAAAAAUGUUAUAAUUAGAAAAUAUAGUGCUGGUAUGAAUCCAGUAUAGUUCCUGUUCGCGUUGAGUUGGUUUGGUUAACGUUUCAAAGAUGGAUUUCAAGUGCAGGAAAAUACUUUUUAACACUUAUAGUAUUUUUAUAUCUUGCAUAUCUUUAUCAUAACGAGCCGCUCUUUAUUGUUAUCUGGCUUAAGUGCAUAUACGGCUGCGUUGGUCUAAAUCCAUAAUAUUGACCAUGAUUCGAAGAUUUUUGUGCAGAAGAUCAAAAAGGAAAAACAAUAAACAAGACAGCUUCGAAAACGAACUUCAAGAGACAUCAGGCGAUACUGAUCGAUUAGUAAAAAGUGAUGACGAUACUGUCCAAGAAUACGAUGAUUUGUCUUUCAUUGUGGAUUAUAUUGGAUCCGAUUAUGUCUCGGAGGCUCAGUCCGUACCGCUUCUGAUGGAAACUUUAAAAAGAAUCAAAAAGCAACAUUCAAAACCUAUCCGAGUAGACAUCAAUUUGAAAAGUGGAAUAUUUAAAGUAAAGGAUAACGAGCAGGGAGCAUUGCUUAUUACAGCUCCACUUUAUGCGAUAGCUUUGUGUGCUCAAGAACAACUUCGCGGAUUUGAAACGACCUUCGCGUUGAACAUCACUCGACGGAGAAUUCACAUGUGUCAUGUUUUUCAAGCUGGUUCUUAUUUAGAGGCUGCAUCCAUUGUUCGUUCCAUUGCCCUGUCAUUCAGAUCUGUUGCCAAAGAUUUAAAAGAAAAGAGAUAUGAGCAUCUGGAGAGGCUACGAUCAGAUUCUGAAGGCUCAACAAAAAAUUAUCGUGUUAGAACUGAGUCAGAUGCCAGUAAAGAAUUUGACGCAUUGGCUCGUCGGCAUGUCACAAAAGUGAGUGGAUUACCAACCUUGCCAUCUGAAGAAAAUGUUUCCAAGAUUAGCGAAAAUGAGGAGGCACCUGUGCAGGUUGUCCCUGUCAUGGUUCACACUUCAAACUUAAGUACUGAUAGUGCAAGCGAGAGAUUUACCAGUGAAGAUGAAAGUCAAGGCGAAGAUAAAAGAUUUUCAGAUGCUGAGGAAGUUGAUGAUAAGGGUUGUGGAUUUGGUACUAAUGAUUUAUUCGCACGAGCUAUACUAUCAAUGGAAAGCAAUGACUUGAAAGGGAUACAGAAAUGUUUUGAAGACGGUUUAAUGGUUGAUGCUAUAGAUGACAAACAUCUUAGUUUACUUCACUAUGCUGUAUUUAAAAACAAAGUGGAUGUGACAGAGUUUUUGCUGGAAAGAGAUGCAGAUGUAAAUAUAGAGGGGCAAAAAGACCAAACUCCAUUACAUUAUGCUGCUGCUCAAGGAAAUAGAGCUAUGACAAAAUUGUUACUUGCUUAUGGUGCUAAUGUCAGAGCAAAAGAUUGUCAAUUCCGGACCCCACUUCAUCUUUGUGCCGGUUGUUUGCACAAUUUGGAAGUAUCCUAUGUCUUGGUUGAGCACGGUGCUAGAAUUGAAGAUAAUGAUAUUGAAGGUGUCCGACCAGUUGACUUACAUUGGGAACUUCGUGAAAUGCAAAACCGUUUAAUUCAAUCAGCUACAGAAGCUUUUGGAGCUCUGGAUAUUACUCGAUCUCGUUCCAACUCAGGAUGUUCUUCAAACUCCGGUAGUUUUAAGUCAGCCACUAGAUCGCCAAGUAUAACAAGACAUGCUCAUAGUAGAUUGUUUCGAACAAGUUCAUUGAGACUGAAAGCUUCUACAAGUCUUCAUAGUAUUCAAGAUUCUGAAACUUCUUCAUCACAAAUUCCAGGGGAUUAUGCAAAGAACACAAGUCCUCAGAAAUAUUAUAAACCAUUCGAAAAACGACAAAUUAUACCAAACGCAGACAAAGAACUAUGUAAUGACUUCUUGUCAGACCCAUCAAAAUUGUCACCUGUUUCAAUUAAUACCGACCUUCUUAGUGACCAGGUAUUAAGUGGGUAUUCGACAAGGGAGGAAUCUACGGAUUCAGAUUUUGAGAGUAGGAAAGGCUCGGUUUUCUCCGAUGACAGUUCUUAUCCUGCAGAAUCUGAUGAAGAUAGUGUGAAACACAUGAGAGAAAUUAUAGAUCAGAAAACGUUCCUUCCAAGCAGAGUAACCACACCUGCUUCUUAUGCAAAACUGUUCAAGAAAGAUCCUGCCACUGAUGCGCUCCACUUGUUGGCCACACUUUCUCAAAAUGUGGAAUGUCAAUCUACUUUGCUCGCAAACCUGUGUCUACCCAAGCCUUCUAGUCAGUUAGUUUCACUCGCCCAUUCGAUGAACUCAACAAACACAAAUUUACAACAGAUUUCGAAACUUCUGCACAAUCUGUUCUCAGUUGGUGGUCCUGCGGGCCGACAAAAGUGCAUCACUACGGGAUUGUUAAAAACAGUCAUUGAUUUACUCGAUGCUACAGAACCUGUACAAAGCACGUGUUUGUCAAUUCUAAAUGACUUACUUCAAACGGAGAGUGAGCGAGACUAUUCCGGUACAAUUUCCGGUAUUCCAAUUGAACCUUUACUUACCAUUAUAAAAUCAAUUGAUAAUUCUGAAGUAGAGUCGGUGAACGAGAAAGCGAAAGUGAAACUGACUAAAAGUAUUGACUCUGGCUACCCCACAUCACCAGCUAUAGAAAGAACCGCGUCUUUGAAAAAACGUUUGGAUGAACGAGAUAGCGAAAGCAUGAAGUCGUAUUCAUGGGGAAGAACGAAAACUUUAAAUAGAAGUGAAUAUUUGUUAUCUAGUACUUUUGAUGGAGUCGGAAGAGGUCGUUCUGAAAGUUUCGGUAGUUCGUCUGAUGCUGGACGGGAGAGCUCUCCCCUGUCAGUUCGCAGGCGUGGUACACGUCUUAGUGAGUCUGAUAACAGGGAGCAGAGCUCUGUGACUGUACCGAAGACACGUCGAUACAGUCGCGGUAGUAGUAGCAGUGUGGAGGGACAAGCAAGCUUCGUCAAGACACCCCAUACCAGCGUCGUUGCUAGGCAUGUUGCUAUGAAGAUGCUAGCUGCUAGCAGUAGAAACGCUAAACUGCAAGAGCAAUUAGCUAAACCGAGAAUUUUACAGCUGUUAUUAGAUUGUCUCGAUGAUUCAGAUGAAGAGAUCGUUUUACAAUCGACAGCUACGAUAGCGAACAUAGCCAUGAAUGUGGAGACUCAUUUGCAACUAGAAAUUGAAAAUGUCGCCGAUGGUUUGUUGAAGUUAUUGAAACAUUCUAACCCACGUGUACAGUAUCAAACAGCACGUGGUCUUGUGUACCUGGGACACGAUGUCGAUGGAAUAUACAUAUUUAAUUAUCUUCCAGACGAAGACUCUAGUCCCACGGUUAUAUUUACUGAAGAAGGAGGAAAGUCACACAUUAGAGGGACUACUGUUGAAAAUUUGGUAUUAACUUUAACCAAAGAUAUACAUUUGCUUUGGGGUGGAUCCAAUAUUGUUCCGCCCUCUCCGAACGAGCGCAAAAGCAAUACACGGGGCGGAAAAUUACGAUCAAGGAUGGCACCGUGCGAAGAACAAAUUAUCAAUUUCAUUUUAACCACCUUUCAAACGUUUAUACACCCGAUUAUAUUUAUGAGGUUAUUACUGCAUCGAUUUCGUGAGCCAGAUAUUUAUAAAAACUUCAAAAGUGCACAACACGAUACGACGCAUCCGCCCAACAUGGAGCACUAUGCGCCGUUACCAAUACUUCAUGCACGUCUCAUGCGUAUAUGGAUAACAUGGCUCGAGAAGUAUCCUGAAGACUUUGUGACGUACCCGACAUUGGAAAGCGAACUCACCUGUCUCAUUCCGCCCAUGAAGCUACUUGAUGGACCUUAUGGUCCAUGUGCUAGUCGGCUUGAAUGUUUACUGUCAAAAGUCAAAGAUGAAAGCGACCAUUCGAGCUUGUAUCAUCUAGAAUCAGACAGCCACCAUGAUGUGUUAUAUGAGCAAUGUAGCAAAGCUAUAACUGAUGGUAGAUUGCCGUGCUCUGAGGAUUAUUACACGUUUUUAGCAGGUUUAAAGUUGUAUAUUGAAGAUAUAUGCGAUUUUGGACAAGACUUUCCUCAACGUUUGCAAUUGUCCUCUUGCCUCCAGAGCAUAAACUCAGCUAGGUUAAAAAGCAGCAUAGGAACAAAUGUUUCCACAAAACAAUUUUCCAAGAAAAUUCGUGGCCACUAUGAAACGUUGUUUAUGAAACAACCCACGCAGAGGAACGCGAAGCAUACUUAUGUGGAUUGCUGCCAAGGCAUGGAAGGCUAUGGGUGUAAGUUUUAUAAAGUCAGACAAGCCAUUCCUUCGUCAAGAUCUCGUAAGAAAGUGUAUAUUUGGAGACAUUUAGGCGUAAGUUUAAAGCGUGUUGUUGUUCUGGACGAAAGAUCGAAAGUAUGUGUCGAAAAGUUCAAUUUUAAGGAUUUGAAUCGUUGGGAGCCUUUGGACGAAAUGUUAACAUUAAAACUUCUCUUUAAAGCCAAAAAUAACGAAAAAACACUUGCUUUUCAAUCAGAAAAAUUUUCCAGCUUUAAAGAGCUUUCUAAUCUUAUUUUAACAUGCACCAUGGAAAUUAAAUUGCAAGGCUUCAAUCACAUUGACACGAACCCUUGGAGUAGGUUAGCUGAGCAGUGUGGCACAUGGGGUAACAUGGCUUUACAGUUGCACAUGAAUAAGAGAAAAAGUGACGAUGACUCGUCCCCAGUAGCAGGGAUGACAAGCACGUCAACUCCUAUUAAAAAAGAUAGCCGUAAUAGUUCAGCUCAAUGUGCUGGUCCUUCGGAGUUCUCUCAAUCGACACCGGUGAAACAAUCUUCAAGUUGGAACACCUCCGAAGCUCUGUCCUUUUUUAACCUUCGCAGACUAAGAAGUCGUGGAGACGCUGUAUCUAAUAUCUCUCACAGUCCUUCUGACGGAGGGACGCCACCGACGGAAAUCGCAUGUGGUGAGCCCGCAUGUUCAUUUUCACGAAGAAAAUCCAGUGGUGGUGAUAGUCGGCUAGUCUUAAGGCGAGGAACGUCAAUGCUUUUUAAUAUAACGGCAAGCGAAAGAGCAUCAUUGCUCGAAGAAUCAGUGGGUGACAGACCAGGCGAUCAAUCACCAACAGAUUAUGUGUCGUAUUCGUCAAGUGGAAAAAUUUUGACAUGUCAUUGUCCCCCGGAUGCUGACCUACCGAAUUUAAACUUAAGAGAAUUUAGUGCAUUUGAGUUGCUUGACCAUCCAAGAGAGCUUGCACGUCAGAUAACCUUGAUUGAUCAUGCUUUGUUUUGCAACAUCACUUCAUUGGAUGUACUGUUGAAGAUAUCAUUAGGAUUGAUCAAGAAACACCAGCUCAAAGAAGCGCAGCUGUCUGUAGAAAAAGUUGCUGAAAGAUUUAAUAAGAUGAGUAACUGGAUCGUCUAUUCGAUCGUUUCUGAGCGCAGUAUUCAUCGGAGGGCAAAAAUGUUCAUGAACUUCAUCGAAACAGCGAAGCAAUGUCUCGAGCUGCGAAAUUACAACGCUGUCAUGGCUAUAGUUGUUGCAUCCCUGGGUAGUGCGCAUGUGCGACGCUUGUCAGACACGAAAGAGUUAAUACCCCCUGGUCACUUGAGUUGUUUAUCUAAGAUGGAGAGCUUAAUGGAUUCCAAAGGGAAUUAUAAAAAGUAUCGGCAAACGCUUCGCACCUCGCCUACCCCAGCUGUACCGUAUUUUGGUAUCUACCUAAAAGAUUUGACUUUCAUAUCAGAUGGCAACCCGGAUUAUUUAAAAGGCGGAAUAAUCAAUUUAACUAAACGCAGGCAGGUGUUUAUGUUGUUGGAGGGGAUACAUCGAUUUCAACGUAAAAGAUAUAAUUUUCAAGAAGUAAGUGAGAUUAAAACAUAUCUACUGAGCAAACCGCUUGUUUCGGAGGAUCAACUGCACCAAAUCUCAAAAGAACACGAACCAACUAUCACUACGAGACAAAACCCUCCUGUACAUAAUAAUUACACUGAUCGUCGGUACUCAAUUUCCUUUCUGCAGAAUGCAAGCAACAGAAUGUCUUCGAGAAGACAACAAAAAAGCGGAACGCCAGAAUAAGUUUUUAAAAAAUUAUAAAUUUGGAUAAUUAUAUUUAUAUAGUUUUUUCUAUUUAUUUGUGUAACGUCAUAUUUCUAAAGUUGUAGCAUUGCUUUAGUGGAAGAAAUUUUUUACGAAAGGGACCUUUUACGGAUUUCGCUGAUGUUACAAUAAAAUAUUACAACUAUUAUACACAUUUUCACACGUAAAAUUUAAUGUACCUAAAAUUUCUUCCUCGAAGGCAAUUGUCAAAAUUCUGACUCUGUGGCUUUAUGCCAGUUUUCAUGAGUUUUUUCACUAAAAAACUGUUAAAUAUAAUUUGUUAAAGUUAUAUAUUGUAAAAAAAAUGUGUGUUCAAAUACUAAGCAAAGUAGAUUUUA